AUGGCUGCCGCGGCGGUGGACCCGAUGGUGCUUGGGCUGGGAACGAGCGGAGGUGCGAGCGGGAGCGGAGUGGUAGGAGGCGGUGUUGGGAGAGCAGGAGGAGGGGGUGCUGUGAUGGAAGGGGCGCAGCCGGUGGAUCUCGCCAGGCACCCCUCCGGCAUCGUCCCGGUCCUCCAGAACAUUGUGUCAACUGUUAAUCUGGACUGCAGGUUGGAUCUGAAACAAAUUGCCUUACAGGCCCGUAAUGCAGAGUACAACCCAAAGCGUUUUGCAGCGGUUAUCAUGAGGAUAAGGGACCCCAAGACAACAGCUCUUAUAUUUGCUUCAGGAAAGAUGGUAUGCACUGGAGCAAAGAGUGAAGAACACUCGAAGCUUGCUGCCAGGAAGUAUGCACGAAUUGUCCAAAAGCUUGGCUUCCCAGCUACAUUCAAGGACUUCAAGAUCCAGAACAUUGUCGCCUCAUGUGACGUGAAAUUUCCCAUUCGUCUCGAGGGCCUUGCUUAUUCCCAUGGUGCCUUCUCCAGUUAUGAGCCAGAGCUCUUUCCUGGGUUGAUUUACCGUAUGAAACAGCCAAAGAUUGUCCUCCUUGUAUUUGUCUCUGGAAAGAUUGUUCUCACGGGAGCUAAGGUGCGCGAUGAGAUAUAUGCUGCCUUUGAGAACAUCUACCCGGUGCUAACUGAGUACAGGAAAUCUCAGCAAUGGUAA